AUAAGUUACCCCUUCAACAUUCCCCUAAAAGUGUUGUUUGGCAGCCAAACUCCCCACAUUCAUUUGCUGUCGGUGACGAAACCGGUCAAAUCGUAGUCAAGGAUACACGAACAUCAAUAGGAACACCAGUGACGUACACGGCACACUGUCGCUGUGUCAACAGACUAGAGUUCUCCAAAGACAAUCCCAGCCUGCUGGCCUCGGUAUCGGACGAUUGUGAGGUUGUGGUCACCGACAUUAGUUCUCCAAAGUGUACAGAAAUGUGAGUACUUGUGUAGAAUUCUACCCUUCUUAUA